CAGGGUGGGAAUCCCAGCUCCUGGAGACGGGCUUCCUGGGGAUCUUCCUCUGCCCACUCUGGACGCUGUCGCCGCUGCCCCGGGGGACUCCCACGUCGAGGGUCGUCUUGUGGGGCUUCCGCUGGCUGAUUUUCAGGAUCAUGCUCGGAGCGGGCCUUAUCAAGGUCCGCGGGGACCAGUGCUGGCGGGACCUGACCUGCAUGGACUUCCACUACGAGACACAGCCGGUGCCCAACCCCGCGGCCUACUUCCUUCACCGCGCCCCUUGGUGGCUGCACCGCGCGGAGACGCUGGGCACCCACGUGCUAGAGCUGGCGGUGCCCUUCUUCGUCUUCCUGGGCCGGCGCAUGUGCGCGCUGCACGGUGUCCUGCAGCUGCUGUUCCAGGCGGCGCUCGUGGUCAGCGGCAACCUGAGCUUCCUGAACUGGCUGACGGCCGUGCCCAGCCUCUCCUGCUUUGACGACGCCGCCCUGGGCGCCCUGUUUCCCGCCGGGCCCGGCGGCCUCAAGGAUCGCGUCCUGAAGAUCCAGGAGGAGGCGGCCCGGGGCGCGCCCCUGGCCCCACGACGACUCGGCCGCGUGGCCCGGCAGACAGUCCACGCGGCGCUGGCCGUCCUGGUGGCCUGGCUCAGCGUCCCCGUGGUCGCCAACCUGCUGAGCCCGCGGCAGGUGAUGAACAGCUCCUUCGACGCGCUCAGGAUCGUCAACACCUACGGGGCCUUCGGGAGCGUCAGCAGGGAGCGCACCGAGGUGGUGCUGCAGGGCACGGCCAGCCCCAACGCCAGCGCGCCCGAGGCCGUGUGGGAGGACUACGAGUUCAAGUGCAAACCGGGCAGCCUCACUCGCCGGCCGUGCCUGGCCUCCCCCUACCACCACCGCCUGGACUGGCUCAUGUGGCUCGCGGCCUUCCAGACCUACGAGCACAACGAGUGGAUCCUGCACCUGGCCGGCAAGCUGCUGGCCAACGACGCCCAGGCCACGUCCCUGCUGGCCCACAACCCCUUCUCCGGCAGGGACCCGCCCAGGUGGGUGCGGGCCGAGCACUUCAGGUACAAGUUCAGCCGCCCGGGAGGCCGGCACGCGGCCGAGGGAGCAUGGGCCGGGCACCAGCGGGCAGUUGGUGUCUUGCGGCAGCUGGACCCACUUGUUCGGGGCGCGGCCCUCCCUGCCUCCCCAUCCCGAGGGUGA